CUGAUACACUCAAAGCAAAGAGUCUCUCAGUAGUUCUUUUGCUAGGCUUAUUCUAUCUCAACUAUCUUUAUGCCGUCUCAUAACACGGUGCCUAUUCAAUUCAACAAUAUGGGCAGCAAAGCGGGCGUUGCAGAUGGAGACCGCUUCGACUUCAUUGUCGUUGGAGGUGGCACCGCUGGCAAUUGUGUUGCCGGUCGCCUGGCCGAGAAUCCCAAGGCUCGCAUCUUGGUGAUUGAAGCCGGUGUUGGCAAUCCGGAAGAACUUCCCGAGAUUACCACACCGUCCAACGCUAUGAAUCUGCGUAACAGUGAACAUGAUUGGUCUUAUAAGACCACCAUGGUCAAGCGUGAUGAUUAUGAGCGUGUUGAAAAGCCCAAUACGCGAGGCAAGAUGUUGGGUGGAAGUUCAUCAUUAAAUUACUUUACAUGGGUUCCAGGCUGUAAGCCUACUUUUGAUCGAUGGGAGGAAUGGGGAGGCAAAGAAUGGACUUGGGAUCCUCUCCUCCAUUACCUUCGCAAAAGUGCCACCUAUCACGACGACCCCAAGCUUUAUAGGCCAGAUCUUAAGAAAAUCGGCGGCGGAGGCCCUAUCCACAUCUCUCACGCUGAGCUCAUUGACGAGAUGAAGCCCUUCCGUGAUAACGUCUUCAAGGCCUGGAAGUCACGCGGAAAGCCUAUUACGGAAAAUAUCUAUGACGGCGAGAUGAACGGCCUCUAUCACUGUGUCGACACUAUUUAUAAGGGAGUGCGCUCCGGAAGCUACCUCUUCCUUAAAGACAAGCCCAACAUCACAGUUCUGGCUGAGACUCAUGCCAAGAAGCUACUCAUCAGCUACGCUGAUCGAAUUUGCCGCGGCGUGAGAGUUGUUCUUCCGAAUGGCAAGGACAUCAACGUCUACGCAGACCGCGAAGUCAUUCUUUCAGAAGGCGUUUUUGAAAGCCCCAAGCUCUUGAUGCUCAGUGGCGUUGGUCCGGAGCGUGAGCUCAAGAAAUUCGAUAUUGACGUAAUUGUUGACUCGCGUCAUGUUGGCCAAAAUCUCAUCGAUCAUCCGGCUGUACCCUUUGUGUUGCGUGUUAAACCCGAGAUCGGCAUGGAUACUGCUGUCCUUAGAAAGGGCCCAGAGAAUGAAAAGAUACACGCCCAAUAUAAGAAAGAUCAUUCUGGCCCAGCCGGAUCAGGUUUCUUGGAGGUUGUGGGUUUCCCUCGAAUUGAUGAGUAUCUAGAGAAAGAUCCCGACUACCAGAAGGCCAAGAAAGCCAACGGCGGAAAGGAUCCUUUCUCGCCUGAGGGACAGCCACAUUUUGAGCUCGAUUUUGUGUGCCUUUGGGGCAGCGCAUUCCAGUGGCACUUCCCACCCCCUCCAGAAGGCGAACACACCACUGUCGUUGUGGAUCUGGUCCGUCCUAUCUCAGGCCCCGGCGAGGUUACCUUGAAGAGCGCCGAUCCGCUUGAGCAACCCUACAUCAACCUUAAUUUCUUCGCUGACGACCUUGAUAUAAUUGCUAUGCGCGAGGGUAUCCGAUUCACCUACGAUGUGUUGACCAAGGGCGAAGGCUUCAAGGACCAAGUCGUGUCCGAGUCGCCAUGGCCGAUGCCACUCCACUCAGACGUGGAGAUGAAGCGCGCCGUCUUGGAUCGCUGCCAAACCGCUUUCCAUCCUGUUGGAACUGCCCGACUAAGCAAGAAUAUCGAACAAGGCGUGGUUGAUCCCGCGCUCAAGGUUCAUGGAGUUCAUAAUCUCCGCGUUAUCGACGCCUCUGUCAUUCCAUUGAUUCCCGAUUGCCGUAUUCAGAACUCUGUGUAUGCGGUGGCUGAAAAGGGAGCCGAUUUGAUCAAGGCAGAUCAUAAGGAUAUCUACUGAAUGAAUUGGGCAGAGAGUAUGGAGCUAAUGGAGAAUAUUCCGCGCAAACCAAAACAGUAAAACAUGACAAAAACAAGAAGAAAAAAAUUUAACACUCAAUAUAAUAAUAGUCAUCAAAAUGAGAAUGCAGAAUCUAGGCUUUACGCAGCUUCCUACCAAUACACUC